AUGUCGAUCGGCCUAUCAUCUCCUGCGCGGUACUCGCUUAGCUACGUUGACUCACUACUCACCGAUUUCACACAAUUCCCUCAGAAAUCUAUCCAGUUUGUUUUCCAGAGACUACUUGUUGCUUGUGGGGCGGACUGUGGUUCGCCUGCAGUGCACUGUGCGCGAGUACUUCUUUCCGCCGUCGGAUUUGGUCAACUAUUACCGGCUGGUCCACGGCGAUCUCUCGACGAGUCAACUGCGGCACAGCUGAUAUUCCUUAUUGUUAAAUUUGCUACGGAAGAGCAACCGAGUCGGAGCAUUCUCGAACUAGCUGGUGCUCGGCAUAUUUUCAACGCUCUUACUGAUCGCGUCAGUGCCGAGCUUCAAGACGCUGAGGCCGUCAACGAUAACCAACUUCCAGUGUUGGUUCAGUCGGUAUCAUCUAAGGUACCACAGUUCGUUGAGUAUUUUUCCGUUCUUCCAUCAGCAUCUGACAUUCAGCUGUGUCUUUUCUGGGUUUCGGUGUCUCCUGGCAAGGCCGCCAAUCUUAUAAAACCAUUUAUUGGACAACUUCUUCAUAACUUUUUUGUUAUAAUCGUAUCUUCUAAAGAGAAGACGGUGAUUCGUUCAGAAUUCGUUAUUCGUUGCAUUACAGCGUAUUUAGAAGUUGAUUACGAUAUCAGUACCCUUGUAGUGACGUUUUUGCGAAAUCACAUCGCCGAAGACCAGAAGCACAUAUUCAACUCGUUUCUUGGCCAAGUUCUUGCAAAGGCAGCUAAGCUGUCGUCAGAAGUCGAUAAAGAGGCACUCGUAACACAAGUGGAGCAGCUUUGUGCAACUGGGACUUACAAUUCAGCGGCCAAGAGAGCUCUGUUUGAGUCAUCGAACAUGUUGCUUGUAGGGGUUGUUCAGGCUGCUGGAAGCUCAUGUACCAGCACUGAGGAGGCAUUCCGAUCGCGCUUGAACGACAUGACAAUGACGGAAGCCACCUGUUUUACUCCGCCUAUGGUUGCGCUGGCAUUAAUUUCAUUUCUUGAUGGUGGCCCAAACAAAGCAUCAGUGCAGGCGAAGAGACAUGCAAGCUUUGAACGAGCUGGCCCUGGUGUUUCUGAACUUGAUGUCACGGAAGAUCCUCCGUGGAAUGGCAAGGUGUUCGCUGCUGUCGUCAGUGAAAGGAAUCCAAAUUUGGACUGGUAUGAGGUUUUUGACUGUCUCGAUGAUGUACAAAUGCUUGUAACUCGGCGUCAAUCCCUAGUAACAUUAACCGAUGCACUAAGGACUGGAUUACGAGAAAGACCAUUCCCUAUCGCGAGGGAAGCGCAGUUGUCCUUGGUAUCAUGCAUGGUAGAAAACCCUGAUGUGUUUUGCAUUGCUGAUUACCCACAUCGCAGCGUCCCAACUAGCUUGCUGAAGAACAUGCCUGAUGAAAACGACAGGUUGCUGGCGCCAUGGUGUUGUGUCGAGUUAACAGAGUUACUGUUGACGAUGGCCGGUGAACAGAAUGUGCAAACUGCUGCCAUUCGUUUGCUACAUGGUGCUCUUGAAAAAUGGCCGGAUGUGGUUUUACUAGCACUGUUUCAAGUUCCGGUGAGUAUUUUUCUAAAUUGA